AGAGGUCACCCUGGACCACUUGGGCCAGAAGGUCCGAAGGGUGGUAAAGGAGACCGAGGGACAUCUGGUGAGGCUGGACUGAAGGGUGAACAGGGUCAUCCUGGAAUACCUGGCUUCAUGGGUCCACCUGGAAACCCAGGUCCACCUGGCUCAGAGGGGCCCCCGGGACCUGUGGGACCACCUGGAAAUCCUGGAGAGAUAGGUAAAGAUGGGCCACCAGGACCUCAGGGUCCCCCUGGAUUGCCUGGACUUAUGGGCGUUGCUGGAAAAGAUGGUAAAGACGGCAAGCCAGGACCUCCCGGAGAACCAGGCAAACCAGGAGAACCUGGUCUACCCGGACCGGAGGGAGCUCGCGGAUUGCCGGGCUUUAAAGGACCCAGAGGAGAUGCAGGACCCCCAGGCUCAAGAGGAGAGGCUGGUCAACCAGGAACCCCGGGCCGGGAAGGACAACCUGGAAAAGAUGGGGAUCCGGGCCCUGCAGGCCCUCGCGGCCCACAAGGACUCAGAGGAGUGGCAGGCAAGAGUGGACCACCAGGACCUGCUGGGGAAGCUGGACCUCCGGGUAGCCCAGGUCCAAAAGGAAGCAAGGGUGAAACUGGUAACGUAGGACUUCCUGGAUUCAUUGGGCCACGGGGACCUCCUGGGGAACCGGGUGAAAAGGGGCUCCCAGGAAAAGAGGGUUCUCCAGGGAAACCAGGUGAACCGGGAAGCAAAGGUGACAAGGGAGAUCCUGGCACGAAAGGCGAAAAAGGUCCCGCAGGAGACAAGGGCCCAGCUGGGGAUCCUGGCAUUCCAGGUCGCAAAGGACACACUGGGUUAAUGGGCUCCCCUGGACCAGCAGGAGACACUGGACCGGUUGGACCCCCUGGUCCUCCAGGACAACCUGGAUUCCCUGGCCCGAGGGGAGAUUCUCCAUCACUGGAGACUUUGAGAAGACUCAUCCAGGAGGAAUUGGGAAAGCAACUUGAUGCCAGACUGCCCUACCUUAUGAGUCAGAUGCAGUCAUCCCAUGUCAAAGCACCUCAAGGUAGACCAGGACCUCCAGGAUCACCUGGUAAAGAAGGCCCACCAGGUCGAGUUGGUCUUCCAGGAGAACCUGGAAGACCUGGACAACCAGGUUCAGAAGGACCAGCAGGACCAAUGGGGCCGAAAGGCGAAAGGGGAGACAAAGGAGAGAAAGGUGACACUGGCGUCGGACAGCGAGGUGAAAUUGGUCCUCCAGGAAGACCAGGUGUCCCAGGUGAACCCGGCUAUGGCAAAGAUGGAAUCCCAGGCGCAGCCGGCCCUCAAGGCGAAGCGGGGGCUCCUGGCCCCAUGGGCCCUCAGGGUCCUCCAGGAGCCAAUGGCCAAUGUGACCCAUCUCAGUGUGCAUACUAUGCAAGCUUAGCUGCCAGGCCAAGCAACGUCAAAGGGCCUUAAAAGACGACGGCCCCGCGGACCUCUGAUGGACCUACUUCUGAAAACUUGAAUGAAACCCGGAAGUCAGGAGACCUACUUGGUUUUCCUUCUGUUUCUUCACAAGAGGCCUUUUUAAAAACUAUUAAAACCAUCCAAUGCUGCCGGUCGGUCAAGUCUAUUAUGAUUACAAAGCUAUUAAUUGAUGCUCUUUUCUGAGAUGACAAGCGAUUUUGUUU